GUCAAAGUACACGUAGACGUAAAAAUUUAAUUGCCCCUUUAAAUAUAAGGUUUAAAAGUGAAUGAAUUAAAAAAGCAAACAUUAAGUUUAUCAUUAUGUCUACCCUGCGACAAAGGCAGAUAAAUGCCAUAAAGCAGAUGUUGAAUUUAAAUCAGCCUCAAACGAAGCAAAAUACUUCAGAACCAGUUUGGAAGGUUUUGGUGUAUGAUAGUGUUGGCCAGGAUAUAAUUUCACCUCUUAUUUCCAUAAAAGAACUUAGAGAACAAGGUGUUACGUUAUUUGUACAGUUACAUUCCGACAGAGAUCCCAUUCCAGAGGUCCCAGCAAUUUAUUUUUGUGCUCCUUCUGAUGAAAACUUGGGAAGAAUAAACCAGGAUUUUCAAAAAGGAGUUUAUGAUGUGUACCACCUUAAUUUUAUUUCGCCUAUUUCUAGAUCAAAACUAGAAGAUCUUGCAUCAGCAGCUAUACAAUCUAAUUGUGUUGCUAAUAUUCACAAGGUCUUUGACCAAUAUGUAAAUUUUAUAUCUCUGGAGGAUGACAUGUUCAUUUUAAAACAUCAAAGAAGUGAUGAUUUGUCAUACUAUGCUAUCAAUAAAGGAGAUAUAAAAGACACAGAAAUGAACAGUAUUAUAAAUACAAUUGUGGAUAGUCUAUUUUCUGUGUUUGUAACAAUGGGUACAGUACCAAUUAUAAGAAGUCCAAAAGGCAAUGCAGCUGAAAUGGUUGCCAGAGGAUUAGACAAAAAAUUAAGGGAGAAUUUAUUUGAUGCCAGAAAUAACCUGUUUCAAACUGAUGCGCAAAAUAGAAAUUUUAAUUUCCAAAGGCCCUUGUUAAUUAUUUUGGACAGAAACAUUGAUAUGGCAACACCACUUCAUCACACAUGGACCUACCAAGCAUUAGCUCAUGAUUUAUUAAAUUUAACAUUAAACAGAGUUGUUAUUGAAGAAACCGAAUCCAGUGGUGGUGUGAGAUCUAAAAAUAAGUCAUGCGAACUAGACUCAAAAGAUACAUUUUGGAUGACACAUAAGGGAUCUCCGUUUCCGACUGUGGCCGAAAGCAUCCAGGAAGAACUGGAACAAUACAGAUCUUCUGAGGAAGAAGUAAAGAAAUUAAAAAGUUCCAUGGGUAUAGAUGGUGAAAGUGAUAUUGCAAUGUCCAUGGUUAGUGACAAUACCGCAAAAAUUACCAAUGCUGUAAAUUCCUUGCCUCAAUUGUUAGAGAAAAAAAGGCUUAUUGAUAUGCAUACUUCAGUAGCAACGGCAAUUUUAAACUAUAUAAAGUGCAGAAAGCUGGAUACAUUUUUUGAAUUGGAAGAAAAAAUAAUGUCAAAGGCUCAGGCCCUUGAAAAACAAUUAAUGGAUAUUAUUAUGGAUCCAGAUGCUGGUACACCAGAUGAUAAAAUAAGAUUGUUUGUUAUUUACUACAUUUGCACUACACAUUUAAAUGAUGUGGACUUAAGGAAAUACGAAAAUGCCCUUACUGAAGCUGGAUGUUCUUUGGAACCUAUUAUUUAUAUUAAAAGAUGGAAGAGUUAUUCAAAAAUGAAUUUAGGCCCAAAUCAGUAUGAAGGAGCAGGAACAAAAACAGUCAGUAUGUUCUCAAAACUGGUAUCACAGGGUUCAAAUUUUGUUAUGGAAGGCGUUAAAAAUUUAGUUAUUAAAAGACAUAAUUUGCCAGUUACAAGAAUAGUUGAUCAUUUAAUGGAGUUUAAAAGUAGUCAGGAAAUGGAUGAUUACCUAUAUCUAGAUCCAAAACAGUUAAAAGUAACAGAAAUUCCAAGAAAUAGAUCAUCUUUCCAAGAUGGUAUUGUUUUUGUAGUAGGGGGAGGGAAUUAUAUUGAAUACCAAAACUUGGUAGACUAUGCUAAGCAAAAGUCAACUUCCACAAGUACUAAUAAAAGAAUUAUUUAUGGAACUUCAACUUUAAAUAAUGCCAAACAAUUUUUAAAACAACUUACUCUAUUAGGACAAGAUAUUUUAUAAAUU